ACUGGACUGUGUUUGUGUAGGGUUGGGAUUUCACCUUAAAUAUUCAAAAUGGCGGACGGAGGAGCAGCGAGUCAAGAUGAGAGUUCAGGACCAGAUUCUAGAAUGAGUAAUCCGUCAGAAACAAAUAAAUGUGCAAUGGAGAGUGGGGACGGAAACACAGGUGCCCAAACAAACGGACUGGACUUUCAGAGGCAGACAGUGCAAACAACAAAUGCAAUCACCAAUGCACAAGCACAAGCCUUGCUCCAACAGCUGACUCUGACUCCAGCGCAACAGCAGUUGUUGCUGCAGCAGGCUCAGGCGCAGCUUUUGGCUGCAGCUGUGCAGCAGCACUCGGCCAACCAGCAGAGCAGCACCACAGGAGCGAGUAUCUCUGCCUCCGCUGCCACGCCGAUCACACAGAUCCCCCUUUCUCAGCCCAUUCAGAUCACACCUCAGUUGCAGCAGCUGCAGCAGCAGCAGAACCUCAACUUGCAGCAGUUUGUGCUGGUCCAGCCUGGCCAUCCAAUUGCCGCCCAGUUGCAGCCAGCGCAGUUUAUCAUCUCACAGACGCCGCAGGGCCAGCAGAGCCUCUUGCAAGCCCAGAAUCUUCUAACUCAACUACCUCAAAGUCAAGCCAACCUCCUGCAGAGUCAGCCAAGCAUCACUCUUGCCACACAGCCAGCAACACCGACUCGCACGAUAGCAGCUACCCCCAUUCAGACCCUCUCUCACAACCAGACGACACCAAAGCGCAUGGAAACGCCCAGUCUGGAGGAACCCAGUGACCUGGAGGAACUGGAGCAGUUUGCCAAGACCUUCAAACAGAGGAGGAUCAAACUGGGCUUCACUCAGGGGGAUGUUGGCCUUGCUAUGGGAAAGCUAUAUGGAAAUGACUUCAGCCAAACCACCAUUUCUCGCUUUGAGGCCUUGAACCUGAGCUUUAAAAACAUGUGUAAGCUAAAGCCUCUGUUGGAGAAGUGGCUAAAUGAUGCAGUGUGUGCAGAGAACCAGACAUCAGACCAAGGCCUGUCCAGCCCAAGCUCGAUUGGCUCCCCUGGGCUGGGCAUGGAGGGCCUCAACCGUCGGCGCAAAAAGAGGACCAGCAUUGAGACCAACAUCAGAGUGGCCUUAGAAAAGAGCUUUCUAGAGCAGAACCAAAAACCUACCUCUGAGGAGAUCACCAUGAUUGCUGACCAGCUGAACAUGGAAAAGGAGGUGAUCCGUGUAUGGUUCUGCAACCGCCGGCAGAAGGAGAAGAGGAUCAACCCACCCAGCAGUGGCAGUGCUGCCAGCACCCCCAUUAAAUCAAUCUUCUCCUCCUCUACACCCCUGGCGCCUAGCACAGCCAGUCUUGUGACCAGUAGCACCUCGACUACACUGACUGUAAAUCCUAUUCUGCCUCUCACCAGCACAAGCAUCUCCAGCAUUGGACUCACUGGCACCACUGUGGGCUCGGCAAAUACUAAGACGGUAUCUGCCAUCUCCACGGUGCCUUCUGUGACCACAGCUGCAUCAUCGCCCUCAAUUAGCCCCUCCCCCAGCACCCCACAGGCUGAGUCGCUGGUGACUCAGGAGUCAGCAAGCACUGUUACCCAGGCACCCACCACGCCAGUGAACACACUAGGCACAGGCCAGGUAAUGGUGACUGCCUCUAGCCUGUCUGCUGCACUGCAGGGAGCUGCACAGCUGCCUACCAGCGCCAGCAUUGCCGCCAUGGCUGCAGCUGCCGGCCUCAACCCAGGCCUCAUGGCCUCCUCACAAUUCACGCCUGGUGGGGCUCUUCUGAGUCUGGCUCCUGGUGGCCUGGGCAGUGCAUUGAGUCCAGCACUGAUGAGCAACAGCACUCUGGCCACCAUCCAAGGUGUGUGGAAUGCUCUGGCCUCAAGUGGGACUCUGCCGAUCACCUCUUUGGAUGGCAGUGGGAACUUGCUUUUUGCCAAUGCUGGCAGCACCCCGAACCUGGUGACAGCGCCUCUCUUCCUUAACCCGCAGAACCUGUCUCUGCUCACAAGCAACCCGGUGAGCCUGGUGUCUGCCGGAGGAGCUGCAGGGGCUGCUGGGGCCCUUAAUCUGCAUGUCUCUGCAGACCACAAUGCCGUCACCUCUGCGACGGUGCCCGCCUCCACCAUCAGCACCGCCUCCAAGGCCCAGUGAAAGCCCCAACCACCUUUGGUCCUCUUCCUCCUCCUUCUCCUUCUCCUUUUCAUCAAUCAUUAUUUAAUCCCUAUCCCUGUGCUACCACCAAAAAGAAACUUACUAAAAUGAAGUUUUAUAUUAUGUUAAUAUUUUUGUUUCUUUUCAUAUCUUCAUCUUUAUUUUAGAUGUUCUUUUGUGACCUUGUUGCCUGCUUUGAUUUUUCAGCAACAAACUGAAUGUUGGCGUUACAAGAGAGCCUAGCAUUAAGAUGGCCAAACUGAACUGUCUCUGGGCUGCACGCGUGCUCACUUGGUAAUGCAAAGACGUUUUUAUUUGAUUGAUUUUAACUCAUUCUGUGUUUCACAUUUCUAUCUUGUUAUUUGAUCCUAAAACACUCCUCUAACCAAAAACACAUUACUUUAUUGUUUAUUAACUGUCGAAUAACUCCUUAUCGAUAGCAUUUUUAGCCUUUACUGUGAUCAUCUUUACUGAGGAACUUUAAAGACACCUUUUGAUUUUAAAUAUUUUUGUCAGGGGUGCUGCUUUUCAGGCCUUUGGUACCUUCAUAUCAAUUUUUUGUUUUCUUUUGGCUUAUUGUUUCUUUUAUCUGAUGCAUCUUUAGUCCUUUAUAAUUCUCACGUGGUUACAAGGCUUUAAAGGAGAAAAAAGUGGCUGUGAUGCGGUUUCAUUGCUUUUAAGGAAUCGUUUGUAUGGUCGCAGAAACACUGAUUUAACAGAAGAAACUCUCAUUACUUGGUAGCAAAAGUUUUUAAAUGCUUUCUAGUAUAGAUGAAAUGGGCUUAUUUACAUAGGAUAAAUAGCUUUAAAUGAUUGCAUGAGCAGUCAUUACAAAGGUGACAGGUCUUGGGCUGCAAUAGUAGGCAAUGUAGACCUCAGUCACUUGUAAAAUUUGUGGAGAUGGUGCACUGAGAGCUUCUGGAACUGUUAUGCUUCUGCUUAGUGGCAUAACCAUUUGAUGCCUAGACUGUGACCUGUAUUUGUCCCAAAGUCCGUCAGCCUCUUAAGGUCUUCCCAUCACAGGGUGUGCUGUCUGUGUAGUGUCAUGGUGGGGUUAUAAGAGUCUGCUUUGGUGUGUGUGCGCAUGUAUGAGUGUUUUCAUGGUUUAGGUCAUAUAGGAAGAUGCCACCAAAAGUCUGGUGGCAACUGUAACAUUUCAAGAAGCAGCUUGGCCCAGGGGAGGAAGGCCUGGUUGUCCUCUGUCCAGGAGAGUUUUAAGGUGUUUGCUUUUCUACUUGUGCACAGUACCUGUACCAAAAAAAAACUGGAUUUGAGAACUAUGGUCUGCCUGGUGUUUAGGGGAAAAAUGUCAUGUUCUGAGUAAGAGGUCUAGGGGUUUUUUUUUUUUUAUUUUUAAUUUUUUUUAAAGUUUUUUGGCUGGCCUCUUUAUGAUAUACCAAAAAUAUUUGUUAAAACACGUUGCUGUAUAUUACCAUUGUAGCGUAGGGUAAGUUUAAAUAUUUAUGAGUGGAAGCUCUUGGUAAACCACAGGAAAUAUUAUAAUGCAAUAUUUUGAAGAUCAUUUCCAAAGACAAAACUAUUUUUUAUUUUGGUUCAGAUGGCUUCCCCCUGCUCUGCUCUGUCUUGUUUGUGCAGCUAACCAAAUAACCCAAGUGGAUGGGAAGGAUGGAGGUUUGAAAGUUUGGAAGUGGUCAGGUCCAUGUACUGCAGCAAAAAAAAAAAAAGGAAAAAAGAAACAACCACCUCAAAGUAACCUGACCCACUUCAGGUUAUUGCUGAGACGUCUUUGUGAGUGAGAGAUAAGAAGGUGAGAGGCUGAAGCAGGCGCCCUCUCUCUCUCUCUCUCUCUGUCUCCCUCCCGAAUUAAGUUAAUAUAUUUUAAAGCUGCGCUGUGUUCGGAUGAAACAAGGUGCUUUUGUCUUACAGGUUCUUGUUUUCUGUGUGCUUUUAACAUGCCAGAGUGAUUUUGUUCCUUAAUAGACUGAAAUAUCUACUAUCUAGGCAGGUUUGGGUCCAUAUUUAGGAGCUUUAGCAGCCUGAUCUGUUAUUCUCCCCUUACCUAUGUAAUUCAGCCAUGAUGUAAAGCUUGAACCAAAGUCGUUUUCUUGCUAGCUGCUGUGCCUGUGGGGAUCAGCGAAACGCUGGCCACACUAUCACCACUCUACACUACUGACAAGCUUCCUCAUGUCUUAUUUCUGUUCUUUAGCAAUUCUUUACUAACUCCUACAACUCAUAAUGAACAUACUUAAUUGAGCUGUCUUUAGCUUUAAGGUGUCAUACAGCAUAUGCUGUGUUCACCUCUUUUUUUUUUGAUUUACUGUUGUUUUUUUGUGUUGUUUUGUUUUUAAGCAGUUUUAAGUAUUUAAUGUUCAAUAGCAAAGGUAAUGGUGCAAAGUAUUUCUCUUUUUGCAAUGCUCUAUAUUUGAGUCAUCAAACUGUAGUCCUAGAGGCUUCUAGAUCAGAUCUCAUCUUCAGUAGAGUUCACUGGAAUCCACUUGCGGUGUUAGCGUUUAUGCUCUUGCCACUGUAGUGUAUAUGACUGUGUGGACUGUGGAAAAAACCCAAACCACUCCACUCUUUGACUGUCCUCUAAACCUGGCACAGCACUGGUACACGCAAAAAUAUAAAGCUUUAACGGUACAUAGUGUGGCAUACAAAAACCACUUUUUGCAUGGAUCACAUUAAUAUGCAGUCAGGAUUAACCUGUUCUUUUAAUUCUUAAUUUAUUAUUUAAUUUGAAAGCAGACUGUUCCUGGUUGAGCCUUGGUUCUGGUCUUUCAGCUCUGUAACGAUACAUGCUUUAGCAGAGAAUGUCUAAUUAGAGAGUGCAUGCUCUAUCAGCCAGACAUGUAAAUUAUCUCUAAAACAUAUAUCAUGUAUCUCUAAAACUCACUGGCAUUUUAAAUUUCAUCCAAGCUCCUUUCUUUUGACUCGGCCCCAUUCAGACAGGCCUGAGGAUUAUCAUCAAACUUUUUUCUGUUACUCUAUCUGCUGAUUUCUAUCCAAUUUAUCCUUGCUUGUUUUUUAUUUGUAUUUUUUUCUAAUUACCUCAUCAGCACUUAAAUGGAAGGUUUGCUUUAAGCAAAAUGGCACCAACAGACAGGAAAAAAAUGUCAAUACAACAUAAAAAAAAAUCCCAUCAAAUUACAUCAGAAAAAAAACAACAACGUUAAGUCUAACUACUACUGCUGUUUCAAGUACUACUACUAAUAGGGUACCUCCGGUUUUAUUAUUUUUUUGUCUUACUUGCCAAAGUGAAAAAGCCUUUGUCUUUGUGGCUUGUUGCUGCUCACUCCGCUGGUUCUGUCCUGAGGCUGCCACAUGGCCUUAUAGGACUUGUAGUUUUAUGUAUGGUUAUGUAUCGCUGUUGUUUUAGUGCAGUGGUGUGGUGCCGGGACGCGUGGGAAGUUUCUAAAAUAUUUAUCCGAGGAACGACUUAAAUAAUUAGAGAAAGAACUGUUUCCCUAAAUUCUAUAUAUAGAUAUAUAAAUAUGCAUAUGUAUCAUACUCACAUUUUAUAAUUCACCUAAUAUAAAGAAUGAAUGUAGUGUUUUGUCAUGCUUAUUGAAAAAAAAACAAACAAAAAAAAACAACCAACCAAAAAAAUAAUACCUUACUUACUUUUUAUGAUAGCAAUUGAACCGAAACUGAAAACUCUCAAGACCAAAAAGUAACACCACACCCUUUGAAUGUGGAGCUAGCUGAUCUCCCUCCACACUUAAAUACAGGGGGCUUUCCAUGGUGCUCCCAGCUUCUACUGUCGCCUGGGAAAUGGACCCAAAAAAGCACCCGAUCUUAACUUUCUGUUUAUUUUUUUUUUCUACUUGAUUUGCUGUGUUGUUUUAAACAAUCAUUUCAACAUAUUUGCUGUUUUUAGGUUUAUGUUGGUUUUUAUUUUGUGUAUAGCAUGAGGGCGCAACAUCACUGGCUUUCUUUAACAAAAUUAACUUAUCAUUUAUGCCUUACUGUUAUUUUAGAAGAUUGAUGCUUCGUAGCAAACCAUCGUAUGUCAAUUGGUGAGUGCAUUUUUGUGAGUGUGUGUGUGUUUGGAUGAGUGAAGGGAUGCAUUCCCGCAUGUUUUUAUGUCUACAUUACAUACUGAUCGCUGAAAUAACGCUGUGAGUAUUGGACUUUUUUUUUUUUUUUUUUUUUUUUUUUUUUGGGUUGUUUGAACAUACAAAAUGUUGCUACCUGUUAUUUUGGUGUGACUUGUGCAGGUUGGAAACCUGUUGCAAAAAGCUUUACUAAUAACCCAACUCCAGCUGUUGUGUAGGUGAACGGGGUUGUCCUAGUUCUUGGUAGCUGUGCUUCGCUUUCAGAGUUCAUCCUGUAGGGAAAAUAAUUCUCUGAAUUUGAAUAAAUUGAUUGGAAGUAAGGCUUCUAACUAAUGAUCAGUUGGGAAACAAAUAAGAAAUAUUAACAACCUUGAUGUUCAAAAUUUCUGAAAGCUUUUCUGACCGAUUGAGGCGAUGGUGACCACUCGGCUUUAUGCUUUUUAACCUGUGAUUUGGAUUGAGUGGUGUUCCAGAGCCGGAUGCGACUGAAGAAGCUUUGUAUUUCUGCAGCAGCUCUGAGGUAGUUUUAACUGUAGAUACGUGCUCUGAUGAGUGGUUGCAUUAGAGAUUUUGGUUUUUGAAGCGGCUGUAGUCGUGUAGUUUCUGACCUACAGGUUGCUGCAGGAGGCCUUCAGUCCAUUGCUGGAAAAGGAUAAAAGAUGGAAGUGGUUAUGGACCCAAUGGCAGAGUUUGCUGGAAUGGGUAAAAGGAGCUGUUGUAUACCUCAUUUCUAACUCGACACAGAGUAAAAACUUGCUUUAAUCUAUUUUAAAAAAACAAACAAAGAAAACAAAAGAAAAACCUAAUGGAAAAAAAACCCUGUCCUGAAAGAGAAGCCUGCAGAUGUCUAUUUAGUGUAAAGGGCGACGGUCCAGCAGCUGCUAUGGAGACACACACUACACAUAUACGCGUAUUAAUCUCAAACAUGUAGAGUAUGACUCUCAGUUUGAUUUGUUUCUUCCGUUUAAACCUUAAAUGUUAGUUAAUACAUUCGAUAGCCAUAUUUAUUUUGCACCUUUGUUACUUUAGUUGACCUUGUAGUGUAUUUUUAUGAUUUGACAAUCGUCUCCUUAUUGUCCUUCAGUUGUAUGAAUGUAACUUGCAGGGCUUAUUUGGUGUGUACGUACGUCUAUGUGUGUAUGUCUUCUUCGUAGCCCUGGCAGUCCUUAGCCCCGAACCUCUCUGUGGUAACCAAAGACUUGCAAAGUGAUUGUAUGGACUCAGCUGUCUCUCUUUCUUACCCUCCCUUCAUGGAUCUGAGAUCAUAGGAAGUUGAUAAGGACAGAGGGCAGGCUUCUCCAAGGGACUUGUAAAAUUAACCCCUCUUUGACUGGGUGAUGUUAGUUAGUACACACUGAAGGACAUCCUGUGCACGCUGCAACCUGCUCAGGAUGAACUGUCUGCUCUCUGGACUCAAUGCCUUUGUCUUUAUAGUUGUAACAUUGCAAAUCUGUUUCUAUGAGUGUCUCUAACCAAAAAAAAACACAUCUGACCUCUCCAAAGGUUCCUUGUUCUGUACUGAUGUCUCGUUAUUUCAGUGUGCUGUUUUAACUUCUCUUUUAAAAUUUGUCUCUGCUCUUUCCGCCAUCUUGAUUUUCUCUGUGCAACUAUGCAUUGUUGUCCUGUUUGCCGCCGGGGCUGUGUCUCUGCAACACCGCUCUUAACCAAAUGGGUCUUCGACACUUCACUCAGCAGCUUUAUAUGGAGUGCAAAGUCGACAGACGCUACAAGCUCUAUCCCAAAGCAAAAAUCCAAAUAUGAAAUGUUUGACACAUGCAGAUACCAAAGAUGACACUGUCUUUUGUCCUGUUUCUCUCUUCCUCUUCAAGCCCUUCAAUGUGUGUAUUAAGGAACAGAACCCAGCUCUGACAUUAGUCUUAACCUCAGUAAUUCCAAAGCUUAGAUGUAUAUUUUGGUAUUUUUCUGAAAUACUUAAAGAAAAAAAAAAACAAGAAAAAACAAAAAGUGGCAUUUUAAAAAUUCUGAUUUGUUGGAUGUAUUGCUCUUUUUCUGUCACAGCAUGGAGAUAACUGAAGAACUGUCUUACUAUUAGUAGGUUAAACAAAUAGUAUUUUUAUACGUUUCGGGUGUGUCUGUGUAUGUGAUUCAGUUUCACUGCCCAAGUUACCAUUGUUUUUUUCUUUUUAACAAAUAAAAAAAAAAAAUAGGAACAUGUACAUAGUGCUUCAGUCAAGGACUGUAAAUGGUCAUUCACAUUUCCUACAGCUAAAGCAUUUUUUUUCCACCAGUGUCAUAAAGUAGAUUGUAUUUCUGUGUGUCUUAUCUGAACUCUAAGCCACUGUUGUAAUAGUGAGGCUCAUUUCUUGUAUCCUGAGUAUCACUAUGGAGCAGGGCUUCAAUGCCUCUCACUCUGAACACAAGCUUUUGACUGGACUCUACAAUGGCUACAUCAUGGUAGCUUAGAACUGACCGAUUGUGUAGAAAUACAAGUAUGUGAAUCAGGAUACAUGGUAGAAUAGAUACAUUUUUGUCUGCUGUAUUUUUUUUAAUAUAUAAAGAUAAUCUUUACUGUAACUGUACAGAUCUCUUUUGUUGUAAACAUCAUUAAACCAUUUUCCAAGUGUUUUCAUAUUGUA